AUGAAGCUGAUUUAUUUCUUCGUGAACACAGUGAGUGAUGGCCCUACGCCUGAGAGGUAGCAAGGAUGUCAAGAAGAGCUUCUAUUACGUCUGGUAUCUUGGCGCGAGAGCCAAAGGAGUGGACGCGAUGCCCGGUGCCAUAGCUUACCCGAGCGGGGAACGACUUCAAGAACCUUUCAAGGUCACGCUACAGGUGAGCAACAAAGGUCUGAAGAUAAUACAAACGGUUCAUCCGGGUGGCUCGACGAGGUCGGCGGUGAAACACUUGGUACCAGGUCACGCGGUGCUGGCAGCCGUGCAGCGAGAAGACGUCGUAGCCGCGACUCUAUUGCUGCCGAAUCCUGCGACGAACAAUCUUGUGCACGUGCACGCAUACAGAUGCGACUCGGUCGAGACCGCCGAAUUGUUGGGUGGCCAGUUGAAAGCGUUGGCGUCACACACCGACAAUUUGGCCAGGGUCACGGCGAGCGAAGGCAGAAUCCGCAGCAAUCUAGGCAGCGACGGCCGAAGUACCAGAGAGUCCGAGUCUUCCGAAGGCAGCGGUGAGCUCAGACACGAUCCGGUUCAAACCACGACCAUUUACGAGUCUCUGGCCGCCGAGCUGCGGGCGAAAUUAGGCAGAGGUAAUUCCGACGACAAUGACGUCGGCCCGAUAUUAUUGCCUCCGCGCGACUACGACACCGUGCACAGACACCGCGGCAACUUGGCCGGCAUCGAGUUUAGACGUUGCUUGAAUCAGACCAUCGUGGGGGGUAGCACGGCCAUCGAUAGGGGUGGCACGAGAAGCGCAGCCAGCAGUGGCAUAGGAUCCGAUAGCGCGGCAACCCCACCGCCUUAUCAGACGCAUCAUCCCCUCGGCCAGAGACCGUCCAGACCGUCCAGAGAUUCCUCUUCCGAUGACGAUUGGGGUGCGCUGAACGAAGAGAAUGAUUAUCUGCCAGAAGUGGAAACAGCUGCGUCGAGUCUGACAUUGCCGCGAUUGCCGCGAAGCCCCGAAAGACCGUCCAAUCAAGCGAACAGAGGAGUUUCGCCGAGCUGCAACAGGAAUCGACGAGCGGCGGAGUUUAGACAGCGAUCACCGAGUCCUCAAUAUCAGCCGAGGGUCAAUCCCGGCGAAGUGACCAGUCCCAGAGAAAGGUUCCACGAUGCUAAGGAAAUGUUUAGGGCUAUGGAGAGGGAGGCCAUCGCCAGACCCGUUUUCUCCAGGCAGAGAGACAUCGAGCAUCAUCCUGUACACAGGGUCGAAUCGGCCAGGCAAGUCCACGAGGAUCGAUCCGGUCGUCAAUAUUUGACGAGCAUGCAUUCCAUGUCCUCACACGAUCAUAUAAUGAGACGAAAUCAGUCGGACGCGCUGGAUCGUGAAAAUAGUGUGUCUUAUAAGAGCAGACCACGACCCAGGACUCAUCAUUACCCGAUUGAACGUCCAUCUGAACCAGAGACUUCGAGGCCUCGACCGAGGAGCUUCUAUGAUAAUCCGGGCAGGGAUUUCAGAGAUCAGCGGAAUCCUGUCGAUCAGAGAGAGGUGCGGGAGUUUCAAGAACGUAUGCAGCACUCGCGAGAAUUGCGUGACAAACUGCGGACGAGAAGCACGACUUACCAGGAGCUGUCGGAGCACGAAAGAUACCCUGGACUCGACCGUGAAAGUGCCAGACCGGCGUUGGAGAUGAUUCCGACACCUGGUAGAUAUCGUCACAGCUACGCCGAACCACCGAGACUCGGUCUGGCCGCGCUCCAUCCCUAUUGAUUAAUUAAUUUGUUAAUUAAUGAAUUAUUUAAUUAACCGAUAUGUCGCGUUAUAUUAUCAUACUGUUCAUGUACUGCGCCUUGACUGUUCAGUGUGCUGGUUAUAACGAUCCUUAUCCUGCCCUAUAAAAUUAGGAAGGAGAAAGGAGAUGGAAAAUAUUAUAUACUGCAAAAUAUUUCCAAUUAUGCAGUUCUCGAUACUUGCAUGCCAACAGAGAAAAUAAUUAAAAUAAUUUUUUAAUUAAUGUUAAUGUCAUUCGUCACCGUCGGUCGCUCAUGUGAUUAAAGCACGUAGAAGCAAAUCAUUAAUGCGAAAUAAUUUAUUAUUGGUAAAUUAAAUACUUACUAACUACUAUCUUGAUAAAAAAAUUUCAGAUUUUAAACUUAAUUGCAAAUAUGCAUCGAUAACGAAUUAAUCAUGCCACUGAACAGUUAAUGCAAAUUAAUAAAGAUUGUAUAUGUAUGUAACGAGAGUAAAAGAAGCUUGUAUAUGUAUAUCACAUUAUAUCACAUUACACUUUUGAUGAAGCCAAUUAUAUGAUUUUGUGUAUCGUUGUAUCGAGUACGAACGGAGGAUCUCGUUAACAAGAUCUUACUUAAUAGCAAUACAAAUGCAAUACAAUUCUGACAUACGUGCUAUCUUGUUAUACGUCCAGAUGCCACACUAACAAUAUAAUAAUAACAGUAACAACAUAAUAAUAUCGAUAAUAAUAUCAAUAAUAAUUAUAAUAACAAGUUUUCGUAUUAUUUAUUUCCUCCUUCGAUCAAUCGAAGUUAUCGAACAUAUGGCGGAAGCAUAUAAAUGUGAGAAAUAAAUUUGCGUUUAAAUAAAUUUGAAAA